UUUGUGUUUUAUUUACUUGUAGGCUUAUAGAUAUUUUUGUUUUGCUUCCUUCGUUCUCAAGCAUUUUGAGAAAGGUAUAGAAUAAUAUAUAACACAUUUAAAGGAAAUGACAUCUAAUAUAAAUAUCUAUUCGUGAUAAAAUCUUUCAAAAUUUCAUAUUCAAAUGGAAAAUUCAUUUUUUGAGUUUCGGGACAAAACCGAUAUGCAAGACGACUCUGUUUGUGAAAUUAUUGACAACAGUCUUAUGGAUGAAUCUUUUGCUCCUAAGAAAACACCUGCAAAAAAGAAUCAAACUCUGUACAUCCCUGAAUCAGAUGAUUCGGUGGCAGACGGCACAGAAGGAUCUGAGGAUGAAAUAUCAGAAAGCAGAUCCAAAUCUAAAUCAAGCAGUUGGACCAACACUAAUGUCGUGUGCAGGAGUAAUGAUGAUGAUACAGAAGGUCAAAAUCAAAAUUUUAAUAGAUGUCCAAGAAAAAUGGUUUUUAGUUCAUCAGAUGAUGAGGAUUCACCCUGUCCGUCUGCAAGAGAAUCGUCAAGUCCAUUUAUUGUACGGAGGGUUAAAGCACUGCGGUCGUCAGAUUCCUUCAUAGGACACAGAAAGAAAAAACGUAUAAUGCUUCUCGAUUCUGAUUCAGACAAUUCGAUCAUAAUUGAACAUAAUCGUCAAAGAAAGAUGAUUUGUUUAAAGGAAACACCACAUAAAGAAGAAGUUAAAAAUAAUAGUAAAAGAAACAUGAGCUUUCGAAGUACUGGUAGUGAAUGUGACGAAUCUGAUUCAAAUGAAGAUGAUAAUUCUAACGUAACAAACGCGGAGGAACCUGUUAACCAAUCAAAUAAACAUGAUGCACUAAAUAACGACGAUUUAGAUAUAAGUAAUGGUCGUGAAAAUGAAUCAAAUCCGUUACCGAGUAAACACAGUGACAGUGGCGGAACCGUUGUAUAUGAUCAAGAAGAUAGUAGUGUGGCAGAUGACCAAGACGACCAAAAGUUUACGUCUCGGGCUACACGAACAAAAGAUGAUGUAACCAAUAACGAUGAUUUAGUUGUUAGUAAUAAUCUUGAUAAUGAAUCAAAUCUAAUAGGUAGUAAAGAUAAUGACAGUGAAGGUACCAUUGAAUAUGAUCACGAAGAUAGUGCAGAGACAGAUGACCAAGAUGACCAAAUGUUUGUAUCUCGGGCUACACGAAUGAGUAUAAUGGGUGUGAUACCAAAAGAUGGAAGUGACGAAUCAGACUUUAUACAAUCCGAUUCUUCGCGGCCUGCUUCGAGCCUCGACGAGUUACCUGACUGUGGUCUCAGUGUAACGAAAUCUGCACAAAAAAACAACCCCGAUGAUGUAGAUGAUUCUAAACUAACUUGCUCUCCAUUCUCAAGCCCUUUACAAGAUAUAACAAAUAGAGAAAAUGGUUAUGCAUUAAAGAGUGAAGCUGAAAAUAGUUUUAAUAAAAGUAUUACAAAGAGUAAUGCAAGAAAAAGGCUUAAUAACGACAGCAUUACGCAAAGUAAUGUAGAAGAAAAUUUCGAUGACAGUGUUUCGCAGAGUAACGUUAUCGAUCUGACUCAUAUAGAGACAGAUGGCUUGAAGGGCAAAGUUGCCAAGAGGUUACACGUAAUUGAUGACGAUGUCACAAUCAUUGAUAAGGAGCCUGAAGUGAUUCAUUUAAGCAGUGAUAGUGAGGAUGAGCUGAAAGCCGAGAAGUCGCCGUCAUCAAAAAGAUCGCCGUCAGCAAAGAGACCUGCCGAAAAAAAUAAAUCUAGUGUCACUAAGAAGGUUGGCAGUGAUAUAAAACAAUAUCUAGAGGUUGGCGCCCGCAGUAAUGUACCGGCCUCGUAUCCGAACCAGGUGGAGUAUGUGAGGAGGCAUGUGAGAGACCGAGAGCUGAACAAACUUAACGAGCUGAGGCAAGAAAUGCAAAAUGUUAAGUACUUACUGGAGUCGAUGGAUACCUCUUCACUGCCAGAUGGUGGCGUGAAGUUGAUUACGAAACUUAAAGACCUGGAGGCGGAGGUGCGACGCAAGGGGGACCGCGUGGCAAACAUGAUUGUGGAGACAGAUGAGCCUGUGAUCAUGGUUGGUGACAAGGAUGAGGGACUUACCUGGGACGACAUACAAAAGGCCAGUAACGAAGUACAACCGCGAAUGUUUGGCAAACAGGCAAUGACCACGCACCUGGCUGAAAGGAACCUCAUCCUGGAGCGUCUCCGCGAGCUGUACCAGUCGUUGGAGUCGUGUCCUCCGGAGCACAAGAUAGCGAAACCCCCGCGAUCCUUGCAGACCAAGCUGAUGCAGCACCAGCAACACGCGCUCGCCUGGCUCCAUUGGCGGGAGACGCAGAAUCCGUGUGGAGGCAUUCUUGCUGAUGAUAUGGGUCUCGGCAAGACCAUCACUAUGAUAUCUCUAAUAGCAAGUGAUAAGGAACAAGAUAAGGAUGAUGGUGAUGAUAAAGGUGAUGGAGAUAAGAAGAGAAAUAGAUUGGUUCGGGGCGGCACUCUAGUGGUGUGCCCGGCGUCCCUGAUGCAGCAGUGGGCGGGGGAAGUCAACAAACACUGUGUGUCUCACUCGCUCUCGGUGAUCCUCCACCACGGCGCGCAGAGAGCGACGCAGCCGCACCGACUGGCCAACUCCGACAUGAUACUCACUACGUACAACAUUCUGCAGCGGGAGACUGAGAAGGGCGGAGUUCUAACCCGCAUACAUUGGCGUCGCAUAAUCCUCGACGAGGCGCACGCCGUACGGAACCACAAGUCGGCAACCUCGAGCGCUGUUUCGGCCCUCAACGGCAAGAGGCGAUGGGCGCUCACGGGCACUCCUCUGCACAAUAAGGAUCUGGAUCUGUUUGCCUUACUCAAGUUUCUCAAGUGCACGCCCUUUGAUGAACUAACAAUGUGGAAGAAAUGGAUCGACAACAAGAGCAAGGGCGGCCAAGAGCGGCUGAGCACGAUCAUGCGGUGCGUGAUGCUGAGGCGCACCAAGCAGCAGCUGCAAGAGAAGGGUCAGCUGGACUGUCUGCCAGAGAGGAGCACGCACCAGUGUGCGGUGACCCUCGCCAAGGAGGAGAUGAACGUCUACCAGAAGGUGCUUGUGUUCUCGAAGACACUAUUCGCGCAGUUCCUUCACCAGCGCGCUGAGAAACAGGCGGACAACUUCGUGAGUAACACCACUCGCGACACCGCCUACUACAAGAUGCACAAGAAAAUGAUCGCCCUUCAAGGUGCUAAGCCGGUCAAAUCGCACGAGAUCCUGGUGCUACUCCUGCGACUGCGACAAGUGUGUUGCCACUGCGGCCUGAUAGGAGCCAUGUUGGACGAGGACUCGGCCGACCUGGAUGAAGAUCCUGCUGGAAAGGAUCUGCUGGCUGAGCUCAACAAGCUAUCCCUGGAGGAAGGCCGAAGCAAGAGGAUGAGUCGCAUCAGCAUUGAUUCACAAGAUGAUGAAGUUGAGGAGCCCCCUGUAGAGGGCACCACUGUGGCCGAAGCAAUCCGCUCCGUGCUGUCUCCUAAGAACCCUGUCUUCAACUUGGAGAGGCGCUCCUCCAAGAUAACAGCCGUCAUGGACUGUCUUAACAAAAACGUCUUUUCAAACAAAGGGGAGAAGGCGGUUGUGGUGUCGCAGUGGACAUCGGUGUUGCGGCUGGUGGAGCGAGAGUUGGCCCACGCGGGGGUGCCCACUGUCACGCUCAACGGCUCCGUGGCGGUGCCAGCGAGGCCGCCGCUCAUACAGCGGCUGAACGACGAGAGCAGUGACGUCAGGGUGAUGCUACUAUCCCUGUGUGCGGGCGGCGUCGGUCUGAACCUGUGCGGCGCCAACCACCUGCUGCUGCUGGACCCUCACUGGAACCCGCAGCUGGAGCAGCAGGCUCAGGACCGGAUCUACCGCGUGGGGCAGCGGCGCCCGGUGCACAUCUACAGGUUCAUGUGUGUGGACACCGUGGAGCAGUCCAUCCGAAAGCUGCAGGAAGCCAAGCUAGAACUGGCGGAGAACGUGCUGACCGGCGCUCGACAUACCAACGCAUCCAAGUUGACCAUCGAAGAUCUGAAGGUCCUGUUUAACAUGGCUCCACAAGUGGAUGAUUUAGAUGACUCAAUUACCUACUAAAGUCUGUGAUACUACAUUUAUCAUUAUAAUCGAAUACCAUAAUUAUUCAAAGCUCUUGCUUCCUUAUUUAACUAUUAAUGUAACCUUAUUUCAACCUUAAAAAAUGUAAAAAUCUGUUUCUAGUUCAUAUACUAAUUUUAAUAACUCUUUAACUAAUAAAAAAUCUUAGUCCAUUCCAUUUCGAUAAGCAUUAAAGUGCGUUGACACUUCGGCCAUUAUAACCAGGGGUUACAAACUAUAAUAUAAAUACCAUUUAUAUUUAACUAUAAAUCUAUUUUAUAAUAUUACAUUUUAUGCCGUUAUUAAUUUUUUCAUCAUUGCCAAUAAGAAACGCUUACGUACGCUACCAAUGUCACUUUUACUAAGAUUGUUAUUAAAAAACAGUUUUUUUAGUUGUCUGCACGUAACAAUAAUAAAUGAAGGGUAAUUUUAUUGCUACUCAAUAAGGCCGACACUUUUAUUAUAAACCGACUUUCAGUUAAUUAACUAUUACUAAUUUAAUAUUUAAUUUCACUUUGUCACUCAUCCAUUUCAAAAUGUAACGUCCUGCCAUAGGUAAAAUUUGCCUACUUGUCGAACGAGCUUUUCACUCUUAACGUCAGAAAUCUCACAAUAAAAACUAACAGGUGACAAUGUCAUCGAAUCAGCGACACAAACUCAACAGAUUAACAUCUCAACAACAUGCAAGUGCUUCAGACUUGAUUACCAUAAUCAACAAAUAAAAAAAUGGCGCGGGUGAUCCAAUUGUGUCGCACACCUGGCUACCGCUUGGCAGAAAUGGGGAUGAACAAGAAGUGGUGUCGAUUUUUUUAUUUUUUUAUUCGCUGCGUUACUGGAGUCAACACACUUAAUGUCAAUCGAAACGGAAUAAAUAUAAAAUCUCGUGCAGAGGCACUCGCGACCUUAUUCAACUAGUUUCCUCAUUCUUGCCUUCUUCAAGCCGGCACAGACUUAUUCGAAAAAUGUACAUACCACGAAAUAAAAUUACAAAAUUAUUGUGAGGAACUUGAUACAAUCUAUCAUCUUUUUACAUACUAAUAUAUUUUAAUUAUUAUCUGUGAUUUGAUUUUUAGGUAGAGUUUAUCUAAGACAAUAUCUAAUUGAUUCAAUAUUUUUCUAUGAAACCAAAUAAUUAAUGAAGUGUCGUUCUGAUAGCCAGUGUAGUGUCUAGGAUUUUAAAUAAUUAUUAAUUUUGUUAAAGAAGUUUUUCUUUUAGAAAAGUUUAGAUCUUCUUUUCUAAAAGAAAAGUUUAGAUCUAUUAUAAAAAUGAAUGUAUGAAACGGUGUAUAAUAAUAUUAUGUAUUUCUAAUUUCAUACAAAACUAAAUAAAUGAUUAUGUAUUAUAUAUAAAUAUUAUGUUU